GCCGCCGAUCAGUCCGUAUACGUACUGCGCGCCGGCCGCUAUGUGAACGGUUCACGCGCGUGUGUGUGACUUGUGUGAUAUUUUUUUUUCUCCCAGAACGCAGGCGACCGCCGCCGAACAUUACCGCCGCACACCUAUGACAUUACGCGUCGUCGGUACGAUAUUAAUAAAUUUUAUUCGUUCGCAAAGCAUGCACCACGCGAUACGAUAGCAAACAAUUAUAUUUCGAUCGUCCGUUCGUCGUUUUAUUUUUUUUUUUUAGUUUUUACAUUAUUUUUUUGGCGUUUUUCGCCUCACGCGCCCGUCAUACCGCAAGACACGGCGCCACGCGCCGCGAUAAGGAUUUUUCUCGGCCCGGUUUCGCGGUGAAAACCGAAUGAUAAAAAAAAACCUGACAAUAACAAUAUAAUAAUUGUUAUAUUGUUAUUCAUCAUAUCGUUGUCGUAGUGGUGGUGAAAAAAAAUCGCACGUCGCCGGGGACGUCGUUGUCGCGCGGACAAAGUGCGCGCGCGCCGCGCGUACCCACCGCACACGCGUGCGGUGCAACAGUGACAAUUUUUUUUUCUUCAUAGACCGGUGCACGAAAAACGUUCGCAAUUACGGACCUAACGAUUUACCCGCGCAGUGUUCGGGGCGCGUCGGUUGAAUGUGAUUGGAAAGCGCGGGUGAUGGCCACCACGUACCUGCCGGUUGGCAGUGGCGGUGGCGGUGGCGGUGGCGGCGGCCCCGGCUCCGGUGACCUGGACGGCAUGGGCGGCAUGUCGGUGGUCAACCAGCCGGGCGGCCCGUACCAGCAGCCGUCACCGUCGCCGCGCGGCGGCAACGGCCAAGACCACCCGGCCGGCGAGCUGAAGUACAUGCCACCCGGGCAGCACCACCAUCACCACCACCAUCACCAUCAAGUUCCUACGUCCCCGUCGCCGGUGUCGCUGUCGGCCGCGGCCAGUUGGGUGGACCCGUGGGCAGCGUCCAUGAGCAUGCACCAGCACCAUCCGCACCAUCCGCACCACCCGCACCAGGGACUGGACAUAAAGCCGCCACCAGACAUGCGAGCCGUGACCGGUGGUGGUGGCGGAGGCGGUGGCGGCGGAGGCGGCGGAGGUGGAGGCGCGCAGACCUGGCACACGGGGCCGCCGCCGCCCGUCGUCUCGGCCGGCCACUACAACGGCAGCGGGUCCGGGUCGCCGCAACUCGGCCACCACGGCGCGUACCACGUGAUGAACGGUAUGCUGGGCCACACGCACCCGGCCGUCCAGAUGCACGGCCACAGCCCGUCGUACCCGCAGCAGCACGACCCGCAGUCGCCCGGCGGCGAGGAGGACGCCCCCACGUCCGACGACCUCGAGGCGUUCGCCAAGCAGUUCAAACAGCGCCGGAUCAAGCUGGGCUUCACGCAGGCCGACGUGGGCCUGGCGCUGGGCACGCUCUACGGGAACGUGUUCUCGCAGACCACCAUAUGCCGGUUCGAGGCGCUGCAGCUGUCGUUCAAGAACAUGUGCAAGCUCAAGCCGCUGCUGCAAAAGUGGCUGGAGGAGGCGGACUCGACGACGGGCUCGCCGACCAGCAUCGACAAGAUCGCGGCGCAGGGCCGCAAGCGCAAGAAACGCACUAGCAUCGAGGUGUCCGUCAAGGGGGCGCUGGAGCAGCACUUCCACAAGCAGCCCAAGCCGUCCGCGCAGGAGAUCACGUCGCUAGCCGACUCGCUGCAGCUGGAGAAGGAGGUGGUGCGCGUGUGGUUCUGCAACCGGCGGCAGAAAGAGAAGCGCAUGACGCCGCCGAACACCAUGGGCGGCCCGCAGGACGGCAACGGCAUGAUUACGGCGGGCCUGGGUGGCGGCGGCGGCGGCCCGAUGGGCCACGGCGGCCUGCACCAGGCCUACCACCAUCAGGACCACGUGAUGCACGGCUCGCCGAUGGGCCCGCACUCGCACUCGCACAGCCCACCGAUGCUCUCGCCGAUCGGCAACCAUCAGUCGCUUGCGGCCCAUUAACGUUUCGCCCAGUGGGACGUUGAGUACUCACGGCACCUGGCUAAGAUGCAGCAACAUCAGCAGCAACACCAGGAAUGCACGUAGUACUGUUGUUUACUGUUUCGAACAACGUCUCGCUGAGGGCGAUUUAAAAAAAAAAAAAAUAAUAAUAAUUAAAUAUAAACGUGUGCACGUCACAGCAACAGCAACGGAGCGCACGCACGACAAACGUGUGCUUAUUUGCGCGGCUUUCGCGGUAUGUCAUGUCGCAUGGCGUGUCGUAUUUCGGGAGAUCGCUGCAGCCCGCACCGCGACGGCGCACUAUAUAUUAUUAUUAUUGUUUUUUUUUACCAAUUCGACUAUACAUAAAUAUAUAUAAAUAUAAAAUAUAAAUAUUAAUUUACAAACGCGGAUCGUAUAAUAAUAUAUUGAUAAUUAUAAUAUAUAUUAUAUGAUUAUUAUUAUUAUUAUAAUAUAUUAUAAGAGUAGUGCUGGCCGUGAAAUGCACUGCAAAAAUCGCGUACGGCGGCCGAAGAAGAAGCCCAUAACAAACAUUACAAUAUUAUAUGAUAUUUUCCGUAAACAUUAUUAUUAUUAUUAUUUUUUCCAAUCGUUAUUAAAUAUAUAGAGAUGUGUGUAUAAUGAUAUCAUAUUGUUAUUGUACGCGGUAUAUAAUAUAACGAUGAUAAAAGAUGAUGUCAAUAAUGAUGACGAAUAAUGAACGAUAUGAUAGCGAAGAUGAUGAUAUAUUAUAAUAAUAUAAUACCGAAGACCGUCGAUCGCAUACCCACCCCGCACGAGUAUAUUAUUACUAUAUACACGAUGUACAAGACGAGACGGCGAGAUGAAGGAUUUGCGACCGGCGAGCAGGAUAUCGUCUUCGGAGACGCGGGAAGUCACCGCGAGCAAGGGAAGUCGCCGACCGCGAGAAGUCACCUCGAGCACGAGAAAGUCACCGACCACGAUGAGUCGCCGAGCACGAGAAGUCGUCGAGCUAGAGGAGUCGCCGAGCACGAGAAGCAAGCACGGGACGGACGAGCCAUCAAUCGACACACCAUCUUCUGUCGCACUGUGAUAUAAAUCGAUUAAUUCUUUUAAAUUUGUUUGUUAAUUUUCCGUCUAUAAAAAAAACUAUCUCCCCCGGACAAGUAUAUAACAAUAAUAUACCUAAGUAUACAUAACUUCGCAGCCACGUACACACACACACGCGCGCGCGCGCGUCCACCCACACACCCACUUUACGGGUACGGAUUAGUUGGCCUAUAUUAUUGUAUAAUAUUUUAUUUCUGUUUCGUUCAUCGUAUUAUACUAAACGCGAGCGCAAAUACCUGGACCGCGGUCAGAGUCACGAUGCGAAUAUCCUUCCGAUAAAAUUCUUCGCGAUUUUCCGAUAGUUUUCCACGCGACGUCCGAGCCACCCGGACCGCAUAUUAUAUAAUAAUUAUACGGCUAAAGUCACGACCCCCUCGCCCCCCCCCACCCACCCCAAACCGCACUGAAAAGCAAUCGAUCUCAACGCACGUGCCUAUAUAUAUUAUAUUAUACGCAGAUAAACGCCAAACGGAAACUACGAAAACAGUAUAACGGCGACGGUCUCAAACUUCGUUCCGUUUACCAUGCGAGUAUAAUAACGUAAGGUUUGGGUCGCCGUUUGGUAAAUUUGGUUUUUCGUCGGUCUUUCAACGUAAUGAUAUCAAUUAUAUUGUACCUCGCCGAGGCUGUGCACCGCCUCGAUUUUCUUUCCACCACGGCCCCCGAAAAACACUUGUUCGUCGCGCGUUUACCUCCACACCUCGCGCGAUCAUAUACCCCGAAAUAAACGCGCCCGGGGUACGAUCGCGUACUUGUAAAAAAAAAUUACAACACCUAUCCCCAUCGGCAGCCGGCACCGCACCGCACCACACGAAUCAAAAUAUUACUAUGUACGGCCUACGAAUAAUUUUAAAUAAAAUAUUAUAUUAUAUUAUUAUUAUCGUCGUCGUCGUCGUCGUACACACUAGCCAUACACGCGACGUAUAUUAUGUAUAUAGGCUGCAUACCCAUAUGAUAUACAGUAAUAGUAAUAGUACGAAAACCGGUUCGUCCGAACGAUUCAUAAUUUUUGUCCAUAUUUUUUUAUUUUUUCUCCCGCCAGCUCGGUCUCUCGCUCACUCCUUUUUAUUCGUGAUUUAUGUGACGGAUGGAGAGAAAAAAAAAAAAAAACCGAAAAAGGUAAUAAUAAAAUUACCCCGAAAAUAUAAUAAUAAUAUAUAUACAUACGCGACCCGGCCGGCAGCAGAGGUAUAUAAUAUAAUGUAUAUAUGUGUGCGCGCGUACAUCAUACCCGCCGACAUAUAUUUCGUGUGCGUAUAAUAUAAUAUAUAUAUAUAUAUAUAUGAUAAUAUGAUUAGGUAUUUGUGUGCGCAAGUGCGUACAAGACGCUAUUUUUUCCUAUAUAUAAUAUGAUAUAAUAUACACAUGUAUACUUUUUCUUCUCCUCGUUCAUAUUUUUUACGAUCGCCCUCCAAAUAUAUAUUAUCGGUCCGCGCGGCGUAUAAACACAUUAUGAAAUAGCGUAUAUUAUCCGAAUAAAUCAACCCGCCGCCGCCGUACCUGCCUUAUUUAUAUAAUAUAAUAUAGACGAUAAUAAUAAAUUUAAACUCUGAAAAAUAAAUUUCAUAUUCCGUCAUUACAAUAACCGUGUACAACAUUUGAAACGUUGUGCGUAUGUGUAUGUGUGCGGCGAGGUAUAUAACAAUAUAUUAUAUUAUUAUAAUGCGUAUAUAGGUGUAUGACGAUAACAUUGAGCGUUGUCCGAUAAUAAUUAUAAUAUAUAUAUAUAUAUAAUGUGCCGACGACACAAUUUUGGCGAAACGUCCAAAUAUUAAUAUUAUACGUAAGCAAUACGACAAGAAUAUUAUAUCAUAAAAUCGGCGUGUUUCGGUCGACACGUAUAUAUAUAUAUAUAUAUUAUAAUUAAUACCUAUGAUAUGAUACCUGUACAACGAACUACGCGUUAUACUAUAUAUAUAUAUUAUAUACACUAUAUGAUAAUAAACUAUUAAUUACCUAUACUUGUAUAGAGGCACCUACGGACAUGAGACGCGUUUCGCCGGCGCGCUUUUGUAUUUUGUAACGAAUUUAUCGAAAAAUAUUAUUAUUAUUAUUAUUAUUACUAUUAUUAUAAGUGUAUAUACUUACCUAUAUAUACGUACGCGCGUAUAAUGGAAUAAUGUACAAUAUUAUUGUGACGUAGGUGUGUGUAUAUGCUGUUUAUCUCAUUUUUUGAUUAUAAUUUAUUAUUAUUAUUAUUUUUUUUUUUGUUAUUUUUAACGAUUAUUUUUAGUUUUAACAAUCGCAUGUGUCUACAAUAUAAUAUAUAUAUAUAUGAAUAAUAUAUAUUGUAUAAUACACCCCUCAAGUGUUUAUCGAUUAAUUUCAAAAUUGUUAUCCUAGCGAAAAUUUAUCUUUUUCUUUCAAAAAACACUCGAUUUGUCGUUAAUUGACAUUCGAACAUUAAUAAUAAUACUAUUAUGAUUGAUAUUGCAAUAUAUUAUAAUAUUACUAUGUAUUAUUAUAUAUUUGAUAUCAUUAUACUAUUGUCAUCAUUAUUAUAUUAAUAUUGUUUAUUUUUUAAAAAGAAAAGGAAAGAAAAGACGGGAAAAUAAUAAUCGUAAUAUAAAAAUAUUAUAUACGCAUACAUGUAUACAUUUAGCCGAUAACAAAAAAAAAGUAAAUUAAGGUACAAGAUCUUUUUUGUAAAUACGAAAAUAGAUGUGUAAAUAAAAAAUUGUGUAGUUAGAUGAAUAUAUUAUCAUUCACGAAAUAUAUAGAGAAAAUAAUAAAAUACA